AGUACUUGCUGACCUCAUAGUUGAAAAAACCAUUUAAAAGAUGUGAAAACCAGAUGUUUCAGUCACAUUUCGGCUCUGCUCUGAGAAUUUAUACUGAGCAGCUUCUAACAGCCUGGUACUCCUUUACAAUUGAGAAAUGAUCAUCUUAAUUUCCUUAUUUGUCUUGCUGUGGAAAGAGGCUCACGGAUGGGGAAUCAAGGAUGGAAUUUUUCAUAACUCCAUAUGGCUUGAACAAGCAGCGGGCGUUUACCACAGAGAAGCACGGUCUGGCAAAUACAAACUCACCUACGCAGAAGCAAAGGCGGUGUGUCAAUAUGAAGGAGGUCGGCUCGCCACCUAUAAGCAGCUAGAGGCAGCCAGAAAAAUAGGAUUUCAUGUCUGUGCUGCUGGGUGGAUGGCCAAGGGCAGAGUUGGAUACCCCAUUGUAAAGCCAGGGCCCAACUGUGGAUAUGGAAAAACUGGUGUUAUUGAUUAUGGAGUCCGUCUCAAUAGGAGUGAAAGAUGGGAUGCCUAUUGCUACAACCCACAUGCAAAGGAGUGUGGGGGUGUGUUCACUGAGCCAAAGCGAUUGUUUAAAUCUCCAGGCUUUCCGAAGGAGUAUGAUGAUAACCAAGUCUGCUACUGGCAUAUUAGACUCAAGUAUGGUCAGCGCAUUCAUCUGAGUUUUCUGAACUUUGAUCUUGAAGAUGACCCAGCUUGUUUGGCUGACUAUGUUGAAAUAUAUGACAGUUAUGAUGACGUCCAUGGCUUUGUGGGAAGGUACUGUGGAGAUGAACUUCCAGAAGACAUCAUUAGUACAGGAAAUGUCAUGACCUUGAAGUUUCUGAGCGAUGCUUCAGUGACAGCAGGAGGUUUCCUAAUCAAAUAUGUUGCAGUGGAUCCUCUUGGCAAAUCCAGUCAAGGAAAAAGUACAAAUUCUACUUCUACUGGAAAUAAAAACUUCAUAGCAGGAAGAUUUAGUCAUUUAUAAAACAAAAACAAAAACAAAAAACAGGACGUUCUGGGCUUAUGUUUGUAUCUUUUGGGACACCUUUUUAUCUUUUAUAUUUUUAUUAACAUUUAUUUAUUAUUUUUCUAAAUGUGAAAGCAAUACCUGAUAAUGUUGGGAAAAUUGGAGAAUAUAGAAAACUUUGAAUGAGAAAAUAAAAUCUCUCAUAAUCCCAUUACAUAAAAAUAACAAGUGUUAACAUAUUUUUCUUAGUCAGUUUUUGAUUUGUGAUACAUGCAUAUAUGUCUCUAAAAAUAAUUGUAUUGGAAUUUUUGGAAUCCUAAUCUGUGUUCAGCUUUAUAUAUAUUUUUUUAACUUUAAACUUCAUGAUUUUAGCAUUUUCCCAUAUUGAGUAUUAUUCAAGUACUUGCUUUUGGAAAACUGUAAAAUAUUCCAUGAUAUGAUUGUUCCAUAUUUUAUUUAAGCCUAUCUCUAUUAUGAGUAUUUUAGAUUGUUUUCAUAAAUAUUGCUACCGAGCUCAUCCUUGAACGUAUCUAUUUGUUUGUCUUUCUGAUUAUUUGGAAUAGGGUCAUAGUGUUAGUGCAUGAUGAGGAAUACCAGGGGAUCCCAAACUGUUAAAGGGUACAUGCUCUAGAAGUGAAUUUUGCCAUCCAUAGACUUUGCAUAAAGGCAAAGGAAGCAGACUGGUAGUGUGAAAGAUUUGUAAUAGAAUUAGUGUGGAGAGAGAGAGAGAGAGAGAGAGAGAGAGAGAGAGAGAGAGAGAUUUUAAAUAAUAGUUUUCCAAUAAAACCCCAAAAUUCCCCAUUCCCUAGUGGGCUAAUGCCCAGCCAAACAUGCCCAGACUGAAGUGGGGAAACUGAGACCUGAAAGCUUGCCACAAGUCUAAGAUACCUUCUGGUUAGUGAUCACCGAGAGCUGGGACAAAAGGUGAGACUCAAAAUUCAAGAUGUACUAUAUAAUCCAACAUGAAGUCAAGAUAAUGCCUGCCAUUGUCACUGUCAAAGAACAGGAGCAGCCUUCCGACAUGUUUCUCAUCCACAUGUGUCUUCCAAAUUUCUUUUCCAAGUGUCUCUACCUGUCUCUUCUCCAUGUGUCUCCUCCAAGAGUCUCCUCAUGUGUGUUCCGCCUCUAUAUAUUCACCUCACUCCUUCCCAGCUGUCCUCAUUCAGGAAAUCUGGUUCAUGGCAUACUGGGACUUUUAAGCCAAGGUGCCUUCAGUAAGUGAGAGUGGGGGGAAUAGAGCCUGUUCUUUGCUCCUUCCCCUUUCACAAAGGUAUAUCUGUAACAGUAGAAGCAUAAUUAUUAGAUCACAGCAAAAAUGACAUGUUGUAGUUUGAAUCUGCAGUGAUUGGCUUACAUGCAUUUUUGGUGAGUUUUGUUUCUUUUGUGAAUUAUUUUUCCACCAUUUUCAGUUAAUUUUUUACUUAAAUGAUCUUUUAUUGAUUUAUAAGAAUUCAUCGUAUAUAAUUUCAUGUCUGUCAUAUUUGUUGCAAUUUGAUUUUGAAGUUCAACUUUUUAUAAUGUUUUUUAAUGUUCUGAAGUUUCAAUCUUAUUUGCUAUCAGACUUACUGAUUUUGCUGCAGUCUCUUAUCUCUACAUUUAGAAUGAAUAUUCCCAUUACAGGUGUUGGGGCACAAGGGAAAGUAUCUCAUACCAGUCAUAGUUCUUCCGGACUGGCAAAUAGUCAAACAAGCAGCAGACAUAUUGAUAAGAGAAAAAGUCAAAAAGAAAUUUAAUAAUAGCAUGUAUACCUCCAUUAUACAUGGGAGAGACCCAGCAAAACUGAGUAACUUGCCUCAUAACUUCAGAUUCCAUCUUAAAUAGCUUAAUUAAGACAAGGGAGUUUGGGGGAUAAGGGAGAAUAAGGGAAGGUACAGUUCUGCCUUUUCCUUUAAAAGAAGACUAAGUUUUUCCAGUACCAUGAGGGAGAACGCUUACAGAAAGCAGAUUACAUAUAAAUGUCUUUUUUUUAACGUAGCCUUCACCCACAUUUCAAAGUUCCUGCCAUUAAAUCAACCUUUCGCCAUACACAUAUUUUGAGGUGGCAGAUAUUGGUUCUUCUACUGUCCUACCUUGAGCUCUUCAAUUAUUGAAAAGAACCAGCUUCUUAGUUCUAGGAAAAGAUUAAUCCAAUUAAAUAGUUGUGACCAAAUUCUGGAGGUAAUACAAUAGUUCAACCUAUAUUGUGCAAGCAAUAAGAGGCAUUUCUAUGGAAAUAAAAGAAAAACAAAAGUUAAAAAUAAGAGCAAACCACAAGUCCAGUUGUGAGUCCUGAGAGAAGCCAGUUGAGAACCUUUCUAGAUGUGAGGUUUGAGGCAUCUUCAAAUGGGAUAAAGGCAGGUGAUGGCUUCUCCAUUUGCAGAUGAUGUUAUUAGGUAUUUAGGAAAAUAGCAGUAUUAUUUAGGAUUGUCCAUGCAUAGCCAUUGUGGUGAUAUUUCUAAAGUUGAUACCAUGUUCUCCAUUUCUAACUUCUGUGGUUUCAGAAAAAGUCAGGAUUUUAACCAAUAGAAAUCAAAAGGAUUGGGAGAAAAAAACUGGCAGUGAUAAUUUGGUAAGUUAGUUAGGAAAAUUCAGUUUGGAAAUGUUAGAAAAAUUCAGGAUUUAGUCAAGUUUAUACACAGAAAGCAAAAAUCUCAAAAAUGAUUAAAUGGACUAGAAUCUGAUGCCUAUAAAAAUAUGUUACUAAACAUAUUGUUCUCUCCAUCUUCACCCCAGUUCUACCCAAAAAAUUUGUAAAAUUAAUUCAUUUGUAAUUUAAGUCUAGUUCCAAUAAAC